AUGGAAGCAGCUCGGUGUGUGUAUGACGUCAUAUCCGCGCGCCGGAUCAAUUCCGGUGGCAACUUCACCGACACGAGGCAGCAAAGUUCGUUCCUCUUGUUGAGAGGAGAGCAGCAGCAGCUCAGCAGGAGCCAGAGCUCCCAGGUCCAGCUUCCUCAGCAGAUCAGAGCCAUCAGCACUAUCGCAUCUUUUCACUCAACUAAUCAUUUUGUGCAGCAGUCUCCGCCCCCUGCUCCAGCUGGUCAAUGCCCUGAGCUGGAGGACUGUGGCCUGGAGACCACUGCGGUCAAGAGGGGCUGCAUUUCCACCAAGGCCGCUCAGGUCAGCGGUGACACUGGUGGGUGGGGAACCAGUGUGGAUGGAGUUAACAUCUACAUCUGGGGUCUCCAGAAUGAGACCAUCCUCCUGAGUUGUGUGUUUCCAGUCUGCCCCAGGCCAGGUGCAGAGCCAGGAGGUGGAGGAUGCCAGGAACACUGCUUCCUCCUCCCACCAACCCCCCCCACCCCCCGGCUCCCCACCUGUCCUAACCCCCACCUCCAGGUGAAGGGUGCUUUCUUAUGUAAAAUGAGAGCAGCAGCAGCAGCGCCCUGCCGCCAUCUUGGAGCUGCAGCAGUAACCUGGUUCAUCCGUUCUGAUGAAGGAAUAGAGUGUGUGACAGCCAAGGCUGCCUUUAUUGUGGAGAGACUGCUCCUCUGGGUUGUGCUUCCAGGAAGCGCUCCUUGUUCCUACCCCCUGAGCUAAGGUAGUAACAUGUGGUUGCUGGGGUGAGGGGUGAUUCUGGGCAUCAAUAUGAUCCCACUCAAAUACAGCUGGGAGCAGCAGCAUCAGCACAUAUGCACACUGUGCUGGAUAUAGUUCAGGCACACGUAGAAAACACUGAAACAAACAAAAACACUAGAGUUAAAGCAUCCAUCUGGAACUACAUCCACUGCAUGUUCGGCAUCAGGUAUGACCAUUCUGAUUACGGGGAGAUAAAUCAGCUUUUGGACCGUAGCUUUAAGAUCUAUAUCAAGACUAUGUAGUGCAGCCCUGAGAAGACCACCAAACGAAUGUAUGAGAGUUUCUGGAGGCAGUUGCAGCACUCCGAAAAGGUCCACGUCAAUUUGCUGCUGAUGGAGGCACGGAUGCAGGCAGAACUGUUACACGCUCUGAGAGCGAUCACUCGCUAUGUGACAUGAAGGGCUUUUGGCGUUUACUACCCUAGCUCAGGGGGUAGGAACAAGGAGGGGGGACCACACAAAAGACAGGUUUAACCAUUUAUGAAAGUAAAUAAAGGUGUUAGUGUAGGUCAGUGGUGUAUGGGGUGCAUGAGGUGUGUGAAAGUGUACAUGGAUCAAAUUAAACUAACACUGGAGCAGGAGGCCAGAGGAGUCCAUGGAGCGCAGAGAGAGCAAGCCAUGUGCUCUGGUCCAAUUUAUAGGAGGCCCCUGCAGGUGUGAUACUCUCAGGUCCCCUUCCUGGAAGCACAAACCAGAGGAGCAGCCUCUCCACAAUAAAGG